AUGGAGAUUCCAAUAUUUAUUGUUGAUGCUUUUACCAAUGUACCUUUUAAGGGUAAUUCUGCUGCAGUAUGUCUUGUAGAGAAUGAACUGCAAGAUGAACUUUAUCAGAACAUUGCUGCUGAAAUGAAUUUAUCGGAGACUGCUUUUAUCACAAGACAGGAUUCUUUGGAUUUUUCCUCAGGAGCACGGUUUGGAUUGCGCUGGUUUUCCCCCCAAAAUGAGGUUGCACUUUGUGGACAUGCAACAUUGGCCUCAGCAGCAGUGCUGUUUUACCUUAAAAACAAUGCCAACCAUGUUGUGGUGUUUGAGACAAUGAGCGGGGAGCUAUUUGUGCGUCAACAUGGAGAAUCUCUAAUAAUGGACUUUCCCCUAAACAAACCAAAGCCUCAGGAUCAACAUGAAAUCAAGGAUCUUUUAAGGGCUGCUGUAGGAGGCUUACCCAUUCAUGAUGUGUACUACUGUGCAACUACAAAGAAGCUGAUGGUUCGUCUAGCUGACACAUGCAACAGGACUGAACUUACAUCUUUAAAGCCCAAAGCAGAAGCUCUGCUGAAAAAUGAGCCUACUGGGAAGAUUAGAAGUCUCAUUGUUACAUUAAAAGGAGCACAGCCUCCUUAUGACUUCUACUCUCGUGUCUUUGCACCCUGGAUUGGGGUCCCUGAGGAUCCAGUCACUGGGUCUGCACAUACAGUUCUUGCUGGAUACUGGUCUGAGAAACUGGGGAAAAAGAAAAUGUUGGCCUUCCAGUGUUCUGGUCGUGGAGGUGAGCUGGAGCUGGAGAUAAGAGAUGACGGUCGACUGGACAUCAGUGGUCGGGCGCAGAUCAUUUUUCAGGGAAUUCUCAAAAUUUAGACGAACUUGCACAAUUAACUUAUUGAAUUUGUUAAUAGUUUUGAUGGCAAUAAAAAGUGGAUUUAAGUGUCUACUGCCUGAUCUGAACUUGAAAUCGAAAUCAGUCAUCACACAUUAACUAUUACUUUAAUGUGCUGGAAUUUAUAAUACAAAAAUUAACAUUAAAAAUAACAUUAAUCAAGAAUACAAAUACAAACAUCAAUUAAAAACCACUUACUGCUUAUAAAAUGUACAUACAAAAACAUGACAUUAGAGGAAUAUAAUUACAGGAUUUACGGCAUUUAAAAAAGUGACAUGAGGUAGGAAUUGAUCAGGCAGAGACAAAGUAUAAUUUAAUCUGGAGUUAAAUAGUUUAUGGCCAAAUCCAGAAUUGAGGAAAGGUGUCAUUAUCAAAGAAGAGCUGUCACCAUUGCUUUUAACAUCUGGUAUGGCAUCCAGCAUUAAAACAAAAGGUCUACACAGUCUGAAGCAAGCAUAUGCUUACUUAUUUACUCAAGUUUUGUUCAAGUAAUAGGUUGUUUCAGAGCACCAUUGGUUUAUGUGAGGUAGUAUGCUUCAGACCAGGAGAGAACAUCAGAUCACAAGUGAACUGUGGGUAGUGCUUUAUGAGUGGCAGGAGGCAACUGUAAAAUGUUAAUUAAAUUAAGGAGAAUUAUAGUAAUCAAGUUUACUUCUAACAGUCUUUUCCUGAUGCUCAAGUUGUAGAGCAUUUCACUAGCAAUGCCAAGGUCAUCGGUUUGAUUCCCAGGGAACACAAAUACUGAUAAAACGGCAU